AUGGCUAGCAUCCUUGCACAUGUGCAUAACAGCCGCCAACAGAAUGCACCCUUACCACGUUGGGCCCAUUCCCUGUUGAGGUCCCUGGGUCUGAGUCUUGGUCCUUUAUUGUUCAACCUGGCAGAAAGAAACAUGAAAUUGUUCUCUGGGAGGGUGGUGCCAGCACAGGGGGAAGAAACGUUUGAAAAUUGGCUUACUCAAGUCAAUGGGGUCCUGCCAGAUUGGAAUAUGUCAGAGGAGGAAAAGCUCAAAUGCCUGAUGAAAACCCUUAGGGGCCCUGCCCGGGAGAUCAUGCGUUUGCUCCAGGCUGCCAACCCCAACCUUAGUGUGACCGAUUUUUUGCGAGCAAUGAAACUGGUAUUUGGGGAGUCUAAGAGCAGUGUGACCGCCCAUGGUAAAUUUUUUAACACCCUACAGGCAGAGGGGGAGAAAGCCUCCCUUUAUGUGAUCCGUUUGGAGGUGCAGCUCCAGAAUGCUAUCCAGGCAGGCGUCCUAGCUGAGAGAGAUGCAAACCAGACUCGCCUGCAUCAGCUCCUUGUAGGGGCUGAGCUGAGUAGGGACCUGCGCUGCAGGCUUAAGCAUCUUCUCAGGAUGUAUGCAAAUGAGCAGGAACGCCUUCCCAAUUUCCUGGAUUUAAUCAGGAUGGUAAGGGAGGAAGAGGAUUGGGAUGACACCUUUACUAAACGGAAGCGGCCCAAAAGAUCUGAACCAGUAAUGGAGCGAGCAGCCAGCCCUGUGGCGUUGCAGGGGUCCCCGCCUAGAGCAACCAGCAGUGUUGACUGCAAUGUGAUAGAGAUAGAUGAUGCCCUGGAUGACUCAGAUGAGGAUGUGAUCCUAGUGGAGCCUGAGGACCCUCCACUCUCAUCUUCAGGUGCCCCUUCCCUCAGAGGCAGGGCCAGAUCUCAGGACCAAGUGCUGGUCAUUGAUUCCCCCAACAAUUCCAGGGCUCAGUCUCCUUCCCCCAGUGGUAGUUCUGGGCCUAUGAAUAAUAGUCCUGGGGAUAUGCAUAGAGCCAGGAAGCGAAAACACACAGUGAACUGCUCCCAUUGUGGUCAGGAAGGCCACUCAAAAGAAACCUGUGACAAUGAGAGCAACAAGAACCAGGUUUUUGAGAAUCUCAUAGUCACUCUUCAGCUGUCAAAUACAGAGGAGGAGUCGAAAGAGGUCUCUCAAAAUCAUGAUAACCCUUCUGAGCCACAGUAA